AUGUCAUAAUUAUUGGAUUCAGUUUUAAGGCAAUAAAAACCGAGGAAGUAAGUGUUUCUUUAUAUUAAGAGUCAAACAGUCAAAGGGAUUUUGAAAUUUCGUUAAGACUUUACAAUGCCACACUGUGAUAACAACAGCGAAGACGCAUCCUUUGAGCCCAAUCUCUGUUCAAAUAGAAAAAUCGAAUUAUAAUUACCGGAAAAAUAGUCCUUUAAAGCUGACUGCUUAAGUCCAGAUCCAGAUCAAGACGAAGAAAGCAGAAGCAUGCUACAUGUGGAAACAAAAUAAAAAGUGAAUCUCUGGGUUCAUGGUGGAUUAAGAAUCAUGUUCUACAUUACCAAAUUUAGUAAGCAAAUGAAAACCUACUCCACAGAAGUAAAGUUUAAGUCAUUAACAAACCAAAUCGUCUCAUUAAUCUCUGAUGCAGCUAGCGACGCAGAUAUAUUACUCCAUAAAUUAAAUAAAGUCGAAUAAGUAAUGAAAUCCUUUAAGUGGUUUAUAAAUCAAAUACCUGUGCUUGAUCCAGACUCUGCCAUUAAAGUACUUUGGGAUAUUUUUGUCUUAACCCAAAUCAUCAUCAAUAUUUUUUACAUUCCGAUGAAAUUGGGAUUUGACUUUGAAAGAGAAGAUAUAUUGUCUGGGAUAUUUUUAGAAACUUUGCCUUCUUGGACAUUUGUAAUUGAUAUAAUUUUGACAUUCUUCACAGCAUAUUAUAGUUAAGGACAAAUUCAUAGAGAUAAAUAAUAAAUUCUUAAGCAUUAUGCUAAUACUACAUUAUUAUGGGAUUUAAUGAUUGUUAUACCGUUUAUCUUAUCCUCUUAUAAAGUGCCUUAUACGGAAUAUAUAUUGUUGCUGAGAGUAACAAAAGUUAAGUCUAUGAUUGAAACUAUUGAAGAAGUUACAAACCCAUCUAAUAAUGUGUAAACAAUUCUAGAAUUAUUCAAAUCCAUCUUCUUAGUUUUGUUCGUAUCUCAUUUUUGUGCCUGUUUAUGGAAUCUGAUAGGAGAAAUGGAAUUAGAGUCAAAAUAAAAUUCUUGGUUGGUUGCUAAAAACAUUACUGAAGCAGAAUGGUCAACUAAAUAUAUCCACGCCUUUUAUUUUAGUACAAUAACAACCUUAACAAUUGGUUAUGGAGACAUUGUUCCUCAGACAGAUCUAGAAAGAAUUUAUGUUAUAAUAAUGGCUAUGGUCAUUUGUGGAUUGUUUGGAUAUACAAUUUCUAGUAUUGGAAAUAUAUUAAAAUAGCUUACUGAAAAGGAGGAAUUAUUCAAAUAAUAAAUGAUGCAUAUCAAUAGCUUUUUAAAGAAAAAGAAAAUUAAUAAAUAGUUAAUGUUACAAGUUAGAAAGUAUUUCGAAUAUUUUCUAAAGAUGGAAUAGGAGUAUAAUGAAUUUGGCGAAAAAAUGAUGCUAAAUCUAGAUAAGAAAUUAAAAGAAUAGGUUGCAAUCGACAUGUAUUGUGAAAUGUUAAAGAAAUCAAGACUCAUCAAAUAAACUUUAUCUUUAAAAAGUGUAUAAAAGUUAUGCUCUUUUGUACAUGAAUUGAAAGUGCCCCCUGAAGAGAUUAUUGCGUAUUAAAAUGAAUAAGCAAAUAAAUUAAUUUUCCUCUAAAGUGGAGAGUUAAGCUUGAUUUGUAAAUAUACAAUCUUUAACGCAUAGGUGAUUAAAAAUUGAGAGAAACCAUUUUGAGUAAAAUAGAGAAAGGCAGAUUUGUUGGAGAGAAAGAAUUCAUUACUUAAGCUCGAUAUGAAUAUACAAUCAGAUCAGUUAAAUUUUGUCAAAUUGCCUUUAUAAAGUAAUCAAUUAUAUAAAUGAUCUAGUUAUGAUGAUUUCCUAAGAAUUAUUAGAGAAGAUUCUCUGGAAGAAGAAAAUUAUUGUAUGCUCAGAGAUUAAAUGUUGUUUACAGAAGAAAAAUAAAACUAUGGCGAAGUUUGUUAUAUUUGUAAAUGGACACAUUAAUUUAAAAAGUAAAUUGAAUAAAUUAAUUCUAGAUGUCCCUUAGUUUUUGUUCAUUUCAAUUUGGAUAGAAUAAGAAAAAAGUUUAUGAUAUCAGAAGACAUGAAUAGAAAAUAAUAUGAAAGAAUAUUUACAAAAAAAUUGUUUUAAAGAAACAUAAUACGAGAACAUGCUCUGGCAUUGAUUGUGAAUGAUAAUAUGAUUUCAAUAGAUGAUUUAACAGAUUAGUAUUUAGAUACAUUAGGUUUCAAUAUGGAUGAUGAUGAAAAUGAAAGGAUAAUUAAAACCAUUAAGAGUCAAAAAUCUACUAAAUCUAUACAUAGAGGACUUACAGGCUUUGAAUAAUUUAGUAGUGACUCCUCUGAAAGUGAUCGUGAUUCAGAAAUCUAAUUAAAUAAAACCAAAACUCCCAAAUCAUCUAGAUAUAAUCAUCUAUAAAGUAUAGAACAAAAGAAGGUCAAAUUUUAAGAGAUCUCUGAACCUGAACCUAAAGUCUUAAGAGCAUAAAAUUCAUUCAAAAGAAAGGCAGAUAACAGACACAGAACCUUUUAAAGAUUAACCAGAAUAUCAAACAAUAGAUUUACUAAUAUCUCUUAAAUUUCUCAAGAAUAAAAUUAUUAAAAUCAAUCAAUUUCUGUCCAAAAUUCAAGUAUUCCAAAAUUGCGCAAGAAUAAUUCGAAUUCAUAUUCUAAUAUGGAUUUAGAAUUACAAACUAAAACCUAAUCAAAAUUAGAGGUUGUGGGCAGUAAUAUGAUUAAUUAAUUGGAUGAGGUAGUCACUUCUAAGUAAGGUGAUAACCAAUAUCAAAGAAUUGAUUUUGAAUUAGACAGAUAUUUUAUCACUACUUAUUACUUUACCAAUUCCAAUCUCGAUAAGGUUCUAUAAAAACUUAAAAAACCAAAAAAAACAUUGAGAUCAGAUCAUAUCCAAAGUAUUAUAAGAAAAUCAAAGAUUAAACCCAGCCUUUAUAGUCCUGUAUAAAAGUGAAGUUUCAUAUUUUAUUUUCC